AUAACCCCCUCACUCAGCUGAGCGGAUUAGCAACCACAACAAAAAAGCACAGAAGAGAGAGAAAGCAGCAUCUGGGAAGGCACUGCCACAUCUGACUUGUGAGAGAUUGACAAAAUGUCUACACAGCUACAAGACCUAAAUUUUGGGGAGGGGAAGCCCCUGUUGGUGGAAAGAGAAGAGGGAAUUACUGUAUUAUUGCAAGAAUAUGAAAUUCAGGAACAUGACAUUGAAACAGCUCAUGGAGUCCUUCACGUUGUCAUGUGUGGCACUCCGAGACAGAACAGACCUGUCAUAUUAACUUACCAUGACAUUGGGCUAAACCAUAAAACCUGCUUCAAUUCGCUGUUCAACCAUGAGGACAUGCAUGAAAUUACGCAGCAUUUCUCCGUCUGCCACGUGAAUGCACCAGGCCAGCACGACGGAGCUGCAUCUUUCCCAGCCGGGUAUGUGUACCCAUCGAUGGACCAGCUGGCUGAAAUGCUACCCGGAGUCGUCCAGCAGCUUGGUUUAAAGUCAGUGCUGGGAAUGGGAAUCGGAGCUGGCGCGUAUAUCCUGACAAGAUUUGCUCUGAAUCACCCCAGCAUGGUUGAAGGCCUGCUGCUCAUUAACAUAAACCCGUGCGCAGAAGGAUGGAUGGAUUGGGCAGCCACAAAGCUUUCUGGACUCACCCAAGGAUUACCUGAUAUGCUGAUUUCCCACCUGUUUGCAAAGGAUGAAAUCCAGAACAACCACGAGCUGGUGCACACCUAUCGACAACACAUCCUGAACGACAUCAACCAAAACAAUCUGACGCUGUUUGUGAAGUCAUACAACAGCCGGAGGGAUCUAGAGAUUGAACGUCCCGUCCCUGGGACAAAUGUUGUUACGCUAAAGUGUCCUGCUCUACUGGUGGUUGGUGACAGCUCGCCUGCUGUGGAUGCUGUGGUGGAAUGCAAUUCAAAGCUGGAUCCAACCAAGACUACAUUGCUGAAGAUGUCAGACUGUGGCGGAUUUCCCCAGGUCGUACAGCCUGCAAAGCUUGCAGAAGCCUUCAAAUAUUUUGUUCAAGGCAUGGGCUACAUGCCGGCAGCCAGUAUGACCAGACUGAUGAGAUCCAGGACAAACUCUGGUGCUAGUGUUUCUUCCAUGGAUGGCAACCGGAGCCGGUCUCACACCAACGAGGGCUCACGGAGCCGCUCCCACACCGGUGAUGGGAACCGCAGCCGAGCGCAGACCGGGGAUGGGAACCGCAGCCGUUCCCACACGGAUACCAGAAUGGAUGUCAACAACACCAGCAGCCCAGAUCACAACAACGUCAAAUCCAUGGAGGUUUCCUGUUAAGCGAAUGUCAAAAGAGUACCAAUGAAAACUUGCCUGCCAAUUGUACAGAUUAAGGUUAGCCCUUGGGGAGUGUCCCAACAGCUCAAGGGUUACUUCUGAUGGUAACGGUGGAAAACCGAGAUAAUUGAGGACCAAAGAUACUUAUGUGUGACGAUUAACCCUUAGGAAAUAGCUACUACUAGCCAAGCACACUCCAGUAAAUUACAAAGCUGUCACCACGUGGUAUUAGCACAAAUCCCUUUUAGGAUGUGCAGUUUUAGCCUAAUUAAUACUGGGCAGUUUUAGCUGUAACAACACUAAAUUCAAGAGAGUUUGCAGCACAUAACGGAUAGCUAGUGCGAAAAAAUGUUGCAAAAAUGUAAAUAUAUCAUGAAAAUAUUUAUAAAUGUGUUGUGCAUUUAAAUCUAUUUUAAUAGUUUAUAAAUACUGGAAAAAUAGUUUUUACAAUAAGCCACUUAUAUGUGGAAUUUUUUUUUCUAUGUAAACAAAUGUAUUUCUGAUUUUAUUAAAUUCCUCUUCCAGAACUAAAACUUUUAAGUUACAUGAAGAUUCAAAUUAAUUGGAUUAUUUUUUUUUUAUGGUAAUUUUUUUCCUUUCUACCGUGUGAGUUCAUUAAAGCAAAAGUAAUCUGCAUUUUCUAUAAAACAAAAAAAAGUUGAAGAAGAAAUAUAUAAAUGAAAAAUAAAUCAUGAAGAAAACCUAUUUUGUGUAAAUUUUAAUAUAUAGGGAUACCACUGGUCAUCAAACUAUAUAAAAUGCAUUGAUUUUUUUUGGUGCUGACAAUGACUAAUUCUUUUUUUAGAAAUUUUUAUCUUGGAUAGCUCAUUGCUGCUAAUUAAAAAAAAAUACAUAUAUAAUUUUUUUAAUUACACUUGUGAUUUAAUUAUAGAAAAGUAACAAGAAAUAGCACCACAUUAAAUUUUGUGGAGGAUUUAAAAAAAAUGCUAUUUCUGUUUUUUAUAAAUAUGUAAUGUUUUAGCGUGACCAAAAUCUAAUCUCUAACCUAAUUUACUUUUAAAUUGUGAAUUUUGUUGAUUUAAUAAACAUUAUUUUGUUCCCUGUUAUCCAAUGUCCAGUAUUCUAUAUUUUCUUAUUUCAAAGUGUUUUUGGAGCACGAAAAAACUGAUUUCUCCAGAACUUGUUGAAGGAGCUCAUUGUAUACACAUGAAUGGGAUCAUUGUAUUUAUUAAAGAACAAUAAACUUGUAACUUUGCACUG